CCCUACUUUGCUUCUUUCCCCUCACUCGGUCGGGCUGGCUCUGGCCUUAAAUCUUUAAACCAAUUCCCAACUUGACCACCUCCCCAUCCUGACCCCGGCCCUCUCCCCUCACGAGGUGGCUGGCGGGUCGUCAACUUACCCCACCGCCACUCGCUUUUUUUCUUUCUAUUAAUCUUCUUUUCUUUAUUCCUAACCCUAAUGGAUAAGAAACACUUGCAAAGGGUGCCUUCAUCCCUAUCUUCAUCCUCAUCGUGCCCGUCUCUCCAUGAGUCGGAGGACGAGCUGAAGCACAUGCCGUUGGCACCACCGCAGUUGAAGAACAAGAAGCGUUUGUCAAAGCAACUUUCGAUGUGCGAGACGCCAAGGGACCUUGCAUGGGAGAAGCGACGACGACAGAUGCUCCGCCCGAGGAACGGCUCAACAGACAGGGACGACUUGACUGAUGAGGACUGGAAUGAGCUCAAAGGCUUCAUUGAACUAGGUUUUGCAUUCAAUGAGGAAUAUGGGCACAAGCUGUGUGGUACAUUGCCAGCCCUUGACCUUUACUUUGCCGUCAAUCGGCAGCUUUCACCAAGUCCCGUGUCAACGCCCCAGAGCAGCGCCUCGGCGUCAUCGUCACUUGGUGGAAGGUCUUCAUCUUUUGAAAGCCCCAGGAGUGAGCUUGAUACAUGGAGGGUUUGUAGCCCAGGCGAAGACCCAAAGCAAGUGAAGGCAAAAUUAAGACACUGGGCUCAAGCUGUGGCAUGUUCAGUAAUGCAAUCGUUGGGAGAAAAAUAAAAGAAAAAAAAAUUUGAGGAAAUAUAUUGUACAGAUCAGAAGAGUAAAAAUA